CUUAUAGUUACCAAAUCACUGAGCAGAAACAAAGCUGCUGUGUGCAGUUCUUGGUGAAGAAGCGAUGAAGACGCUGUACUUGUUCACGCUCACGCUGUCUGGUGUUCUCACUCAGGACAGGGGAUUGGGUGUGAAAUAUCCGGAUAAUCCGAUCUGUGCUGUGAGAGGAUUCAGUGUCUCCAUUCCCUGUAGUUAUUUUUAUCCACAGCACAAUUAUCAAGUGACACAAAAGCUUUGGUGCUCAAUGAACUCAAACACAGACGUGUGUAUAAACCCCCCGUAUGUUUAUGACAGCGCAUCAAUCACCACAUCAGACUUUGAGUACGCUGGAGACGACAAAUCAGACUGCACUUUGUUAAUCCACAAUGUACAGUUCAGUUAUUCUGGAGAGUACAGAUUCAGAUUUAUAACUAAUGUGCCCAGUGGAAGAUUCACAGGUGUACCUGGACCGAUUCUACAAGUUGCAGAUUUAAAGGUGUCACUAAUCAGGCUCAGUGGAAACGGAACCCUUAAACAAGGAGACUCAUUAAAUCUGACGUGUGAUGUGAACUGCACACAAAGUUCCUCACAGUUUGUGUGGUCUAAGAACAACGAGCGCUUAAAUACAUCAGGACGCGUUCUUCACUUUCCUGCUGUAACCGUGAGGGAUUCUGGGAAUUACACCUGCACUUGGAAAACCAACAGGGCGUCAGGAUCUGAAACGAUCAGCCUUCUCGUCGAGGGUGAAAACCCUGAAAGAGAUUUUGCUCAGUGGCACAUCUGGAUCAUUGUUCUGGUGAUUGUUGCUGUGAUUUUGGUGAUUGUGGCAGCUGUGAUUAACCACGGGAGGAAGAGAGUAGAAGCUGAAGAAGAAAACAGUGGGAAAGGCGCAGAGAAAGCACAGCAGGCUGGAGAAAAAACACAUGAUAAACCGACAAAGCCACAAAUAAACAACGUUCCUCAACUGGAUGAUGAAACGUUGCACACAGAGGAAGUGACUUAUGCGACUGUGUUUGUCAAAGACAAGAAACUUGAGCAAGGACGUGUCCACACUGAACGACAGGAGGAGGAUGACAGUGUUAUCUACAGCACUGUCAAAAACACCUGAUCACAUUUGUACAUCUCAUUCAACCAGACACCGUGAGGCCUGUAAAUAUUCCCCUUGUGGGACGUUAAAAUAAAAUGUGUGUCAUUUUAGGGCUUAUUAAUGUCAUAUAAAGUGUCCAGCUGUUUGCUUUAAACGUACACUUGGAUAGGAGAUUGCCUUUACAACUGAAUUUGUUUUAAUAAUCACUGAAGCUAAUUUUUUCCUUUAAUAAUUGUGUUGUUUUGGGAAACAGACUUUCGGUAAGCGCUUUAUCCUGGUCAGGCUCCUGGUGGAUCCAGAGUCUAUCCUGGGAAUACUGGGAGCAAAGCUGGAAUAAAUUCACCCUGGAUCUGACGGCAGUCCAUUGCAGGGCACCGUGUACACACGCAUUCACACACGCAUUCACACACGCAUUCACACACGCAUUCACACACGCAUUCACACACGCAUUCACACACGCAUUCACACACGCAUUCACACACGCAUUCACACACUCAUUCACACACUCAUUCACACACGCAUUCACACACGCAUUCACACACUCAUUCAUACACUCAUUCACACACUCAUUCACACACGCAUUCACACACUCAUUCACACCUAGGAGAAAUUUAACGUAGCCAGUCUACCUACCGGCAUGCUUUUCAGAAAGUGGGAGGAAACUGGAGAACCUUGAAGAAACCCACGCUAACACAGUGAAGAUUAUGCUGCCUUUUCUCCCUAAAGAAUGAUACUCUAAUGAUUGAUGCUCUGUAACCGUUAAUGUAAAUGAUUUUCUAAAACACAAAAAUUCACAGUAUCUUUAAGUUAAAAUGUUUCUUUUUUUAGGUACGAGCUUUUGUUUUGUUUAUUGUAUAGAGAAAAUAGUAAAUAUUAGUAGUUCUGCUUUUAAAAAAAAUGGAUUGUGGGAUUCUGCAUGAAAACCUUAAAAGGAACCCCGACUCUGAAGACAUGUAGGCCUUAACACGCAAUAAUUGCCCUCUCCUAUUAAAAUACGUUGUUAGAAACAUAUGUAAUAUGUUCAUUACUUUAAAAAGCCUUAAUAUUUAAUACAUAGUUUAACAUACAGAGGGCGCCAUUACGUGACAUGCGCAGUGCACCCUGAGUCGAUGAUGUAAAAAUAACAUAAAUAAAAAAAUAAAAAAAAAACAAAAAAUCCUGACAUCUAACGUGUUUUUGUAUAGCAGAUUUAUAUAGCGGAUGUCAGUGUUAAUCUAAUAAACCAUAAGCCAUUAGAUUAACGCUGACAUUAUAAGCAAUUCAUAGUCAGGGUUCCCUUUAAACAUUUGUUUCUUAAACAAUGGCUGUGUCAUGGGACAUAUCACUUUAUCAACAAUAAAUCAAUAGAAGCUAAUCUGUAUGCUAGAAA